UCCCUCUUCUCUUACUUUUCCGUGAGGGCUCCCCAGGCUCAGGAGAGAUCAGGGUGGAAGGGUGACGGCCAAACCAGGGAAGGCUCCAGGUGGCUGAAGCCUGGUCUGUGCCCAGCAGGGCCCUGGCGGGCUGUUCCACACUCCACCGGGCAGGUGAUAACUGGUCAGAGCUGUCUCCCCACAGGUGCUGGAGGUGAGGUGGGAGGGCCGGUGCUCCCUGAUGUGGACAGGGGGAGGGGUAUUGAUAAGAGGCGUAGAGAGAUCCCUAGAGAUGCAGUCUGUGGCCCUGGGUUCCAACCCAGUGUGCCACCACCUGGCUGUGUGACCUUCAGCAAGUGCCAUUAUUUCUCUGAGCCUGUUUAUUUAUAAAAUGAGGAAGAGUUGGCACAAGUUUGAAAAGAUUUCUCAGGCUCCACCCGGUUCUGAAAUUCGGUAAUUUCCCAACUAGGGUGCACUCCCCCUGUAAGGGGCUGGGGAGGGGACGGUGCGAAACCAAGUUCAGCUUGUGGAGCGGAGCCAGAGCUGUUGGCCGAGCUUGGGCCUGGCCAACGCCUGCCCUCGGGAAGGUCCUGUGUAGGGAGACUGCCUGGAAGGACUAAGCGAGGGCUCUAACUGACGUCUCAGGGGCAGCCUCUCAGCCUGAGACCCUGCUGGGGAAGCCGCGUCCUGUGCACUAGCUGCGCCUAGGGCUGAGGUGAGGGCGCAGGCUCCCCAGGGUGUGUCCGAAUUGCCCGCCCCAGCCCGCGGCCUGUCCUGACCGUCCAGCAGCGGCAGCAGCGACACCCUAGGGCUCCAGGAAGGGCUUGGGAAGGUGCAAAGGCGGGGCUAGGCUCGGAGGGAGCCGGAGGGACCGGGCGCGGUUGGCUCCCGGGAGCAACUGGAGGGUGAGGAGAUCCUCAUCCGGGGAAGCCCCGCGGCCGCGUCUCUACAGCGCCCCUUCUCGGGCUCUGGCCCUCCCGCUGGUUAUUCUGGACCUGGGGGCCCCCAGCUGGGACCCGAGUCCGGUGCGGGGAGCCUAGUGGGCCUGGGAGCUGCUAUUUUUAGCGGGCGCAGCGGGCGCGAGGAGCCUAUUUAUAGAUCAAACAAUCCGCGCUCCCUGCGUCAAUGGAACCCCGCGUGCGUCACGCGCGCAGACAUUCCAGGCCCCCCCUCCUCGCCCCGCCCCCUCGGGCUCCCCGGGCCGCACCUCCCCCUGGCCGCCUCCCGCCGGAACCGCACCGCCCCCCGCGCCCUUGUAUGGCCAAAGCUCGACGGGCAGCCUGCGUCAGUGGCGCCCCCGCCCCUCCCCGUGCGUCACGGAGCGCUUAAGAGGAGGGUCGGGCUCGCCCGGGGAGUCCCAGUGGCGGAGGCUACGAAACUUGGGGGAGUGCACAGAAGAACUUCGGGAGCGCACGCGGGACCAGGGACCAGGCUGAGACUCGGGGCGCCAGUCCGGGCAGGGGCAGUGGGAGCCGGCCGGAGAUGCCCUGUAUCCAAGCCCAAUAUGGGACACCAGCACCGAGUCCAGGACCCCAUGACCACCUGGCAAGCGACCCCCUGACCCCUGAGUUCAUCAAGCCCACCAUGGACCUGGCCAGCCCCGAGGCAGCCCCCACUGCCCCCACUGCCCUGCCCAGCUUCAGCACCUUCAUGGACGGCUACACAGGAGAGUUUGACACCUUCCUCUACCAGCUGCCGGGAACAGUCCAGCCAUGCUCCUCAGCCUCCUCCUCGGCCUCCUCCACAUCCUCGUCCUCAGCCACCUCCCCUGCCUCUGCCUCCUUCAAGUUCGAGGACUUCCAGGUGUACGGCUGCUACCCCGGCCCCCUGAGUGGCCCAGUGGAUGAGGCCCUGUCCUCCAGUGGCUCUGACUACUAUGGCAGCCCCUGCUCGGCCCCGUCGCCCUCCACGCCCAGCUUCCAGCCACCCCAGCUCUCUCCCUGGGAUGGCUCAUUCGGCCACUUCUCGCCCAGCCAGACUUACGAAGGCCUGCGGGCAUGGACAGAGCAGCUGCCCAAAGCCUCUGGGCCCCCACAGCCUCCAGCCUUCUUUUCCUUCAGUCCUCCCACCGGCCCCAGCCCCAGCCUGGCCCAGAGCCCCCUGAAGUUGUUCCCCUCACAGGCCACCCACCAGCUGGGGGAGGGAGAGAGCUAUUCCAUGCCUACGGCCUUCCCAGGUUUGGCACCCACUUCUCCACACCUUGAGGGCUCGGGGAUACUGGAUGCACCCGUGACCUCAACCAAGGCCCGGAGCGGGGCCCCAGGUGGAAGUGAAGGCCGCUGUGCUGUGUGUGGGGACAACGCUUCAUGCCAGCAUUAUGGCGUCCGCACAUGUGAGGGCUGCAAGGGCUUCUUCAAGCGCACAGUGCAGAAAAACGCCAAGUACAUCUGCCUGGCUAACAAGGACUGCCCUGUGGACAAGAGGCGGCGAAACCGCUGCCAGUUCUGCCGCUUCCAGAAGUGCCUGGCGGUGGGCAUGGUGAAGGAAGUUGUCCGAACAGACAGCCUGAAGGGGCGGCGGGGCCGGCUACCUUCAAAACCCAAGCAGCCCCCAGAUGCCUCCCCUGCCAAUCUCCUCACUUCCCUGGUCCGUGCACACCUGGACUCAGGGCCCAGCACUGCCAAACUGGACUACUCCAAGUUCCAGGAGCUGGUGCUGCCCCGCUUUGGGAAGGAGGAUGCUGAGGAUGUACAGCAGUUCUACGACCUGCUCUCCGGUUCUCUGGAGGUCAUCCGCAAGUGGGCGGAGAAGAUCCCUGGCUUUGCUGAGCUGUCACCGGCUGACCAGGACCUGUUGCUGGAGUCGGCCUUCCUGGAGCUCUUCAUCCUCCGCCUGGCGUACAGGUCUAAGCCAGGCGAGGGCAAGCUCAUCUUCUGCUCAGGCCUGGUGCUACACCGGCUGCAGUGUGCCCGUGGCUUCGGGGACUGGAUUGACAGUAUCCUGGCCUUCUCAAGGUCCCUGCACAGCUUGCUUGUCGAUGUCCCUGCCUUCGCCUGCCUCUCUGCCCUUGUCCUCAUCACCGACCGGCAUGGGCUGCAGGAGCCGCGGCGGGUGGAGGAGCUGCAGAACCGCAUCGCCAGCUGCCUGAAGGAGCACGUGGCAGCUGUGGCGGGCGAGCCCCAGCCAGCCAGCUGCCUGUCACGUCUGUUGGGCAAACUGCCCGAGCUGCGGACCCUGUGCACCCAGGGCCUGCAGCGCAUCUUCUACCUCAAGCUGGAGGACUUGGUGCCCCCUCCACCCAUCAUUGACAAGAUCUUCAUGGACACGCUGCCCUUCUGACCCCCGCCUGGGAACACGUGUGCACAUGCGCACUCUCAUAUGCCACCCCACGUGCCUUUAGUCCACGGACCCCCAGAGCAUCCCCAAGCCUGGGCUUGAGCUGCAGAAUGACUCCACCUUCUCACCUGCUCCAGGAGGUUUGCAGGGAGCUCAAGCCCUUGGGGAGGGGGAUGCCUUCAUGGGGGUGACCCCACGAUUUGUCUUAUCCCCCCAGCCUGGCCCCGGCCUUUAUGUUUUUUGUAAGAUAAACCAUUUUUAACACAUAGCGCCGUGCUGUAAAUAAGCCCAGUGCUGCUGUAAAUACAGGAAGAAAGAGCUUGAGGUGGGAGCAGCGCUGGGAGGAAGGGAUGGGCCCCGCCUUCCUGGGCAGCCUUUCCAGCCUCCUGCUGGCUCUCUCUUCCUACCCUCCUUCCACAUGUACAUAAACUGUCACUCUAGGAAGAAGACAAAUGACAGAUUCUGACAUUUAUAUUUGUGUAUUUUCCUGGAUUUAUAGUAUGUGACUUUUCUGAUUAAUAUAUUUAAUAUAUUGAAUAAAAAAUAGACAUGUAGCUGGAA